CUGUUCUCUUAGCCCUCCUUAGGCGGCUUUAGUGCACUUUGCAGCGAGAAGGAUAUGCGCCUGCGCGCUAAAAAUCAGUGUCCGCUCUUCCUAUUGGCUCAUGCUUGCGGCAGGGGAAUACGAAAUCUCCAGCCAAUAGGAAUCAAGGUGCCGGAACCCCAGUGGUUUCCCCAGCUGGGGUGAUCUGGCGCAGAGCGGAGUUGGCGCUUGGGGAUCGCUCCUGCUCCUCCCCUCUCCUUGCGGCCUCCGGGAGGUCGGCCCAGAUCCAGUGGUCUCCCGUGAGAUGUGGAUGACGCCCAAGAGGAGCAAAAUGGAAAUCGAGGAGCCUCGGGGUUUCCAGGCCGAGUGGACUCAGCGUUACCUGGUUGUGGAGCCUCCGGAAGGCGAAGGCGCCCUGUGCCUGGUCUGUCGCCGCCUGGUCGUAGCCAAUGGCGAACCCGAUGUCAGGCACCACUACGAGGCGGAGCACGAUUACUACGAGCGGUAUGUGGCGGAGGGCGAGCGCGCGGCCCUGGUGGAGCGUCUGCGUCAGGGCGACUUGCCCGAUGCCGCCCCGCUCACCCCGGAGGAGAGAGCUGCUCGUGCAGGCCUCGGGCUCACCCGCCUCUUGGCCUUGAAGGGUCGCGGCUGGGGUGAGGGGGACUUCGUGUACCGGUGCAUGGAGGUGAUGCUCAGAGAUGUGCUGCCUGAUCACGUAGGCGUUAUGGAUGGCAUUGAUUUAUCUCCGGAGAUCACGCAGCAGAGGGUCCUAGACAUUAACCAGAAUCUACGCAGUCAGCUUUUUAACCGAGCCAAGGACUUUAAGGCCUAUUCCCUUGCGUUGGACGACCAGGCUUUUGUGGCCUAUGAGAACUACCUCCUCGUCUUUGUCCGCGGCGUGGGCCACGAUUUAGAGGUGCAGGAAGAGCUUCUGACCAUCAUCAACCUGACUCAGCACUUCAGUGUUGGUGCCCUCAUGGCGGCAAUCCUUGAGGCCCUGCAAACUGCAGGGCUUAGCCUGCAGCGGAUGGUUGGACUGACCACGACCCACACUCUGAGGAUGAUUGGUGAGAACUCAGGGCUGGUGUCAUACAUGAGAGAAAAGGCUGUAAGCCCCAACUGUUGGAAUGUUAUCCAUUAUUCGGGGUUUCUUCACUUGGAACUGUUGAGCUCCUACGAUGUGGAUGUUAAUCAGAUCAUAAAUGCCAUAUCUGAAUGGAUAGUUUUGAUUAAGACCAGAGGCGUUAGGCGGCCAGAAUUUCAGGCUUUACUAACUGAAUCGGAAUCAGAGCAUGGUGAAAGGGUUAAUGGACGCUGUCUGAACAAUUGGCUUAGAAGAGGGAAGACCUUAAAACUAAUAUUUUCUUUAAGAAAAGAGAUAAAAACAUUUUUGGUUUCAAUAGGGGCAACAACGGUCCAUUUCACAGACAAGCAGUGGCUUUGUGACUUUGGCUUUUUGGUGGAUAUUAUGGACCACCUUCGAGAACUCAGCGAACUAUUGAGAGUAAGUAAAGUCUUUGCUGCUGCUGCCUUUGACCAUAUUUGUACCUUUGAAGUUAAGCUGAAUUUACUUCAGAGACAUAUCGAGGAAAAAAAUCUAACACACUUUGCCGCCUUGAGAGAAGUUGUUGAUGAGCUUAAAGAGCAUCUUCAAGAAGAUGAAAAAAUACUUGAUCCUGAAAGGUAUCAAGUAGUGAUCUGUCGCCUACAAAAAGAAUUUGAGAGACAUUUCAAGGACCUCAAGUUCAUUAAAAAGGACUUAGAGCUUUUUGCAAAUCCAUUUAGCUUUAAAGCUGAAUAUGCACCUAUUUCAGUAAGGGUGGAGCUAACAAAACUUCAGGCAAAUACUAAUCUUUGGAACGAAUACAGAACCAAAGACUUGGGGCAAUUCUAUGCCGGACUGUCUGCUGAAUCUUACCCAAUUAUCAAAGGGGUUGCCUGUAAGGUAGCAUCCUUGUUUGAUAGUAGCAAGAUUUGUGAAAAGGCUUUUUCAUAUUUGACUCGAAACCAGCACACCUUGAGCCACCCAUUGACAGACGAACACCUCCACGCCCUGUUUCGGAUUGCCACCACUGAAAUAGAGCCUCAAUGGGAUGAUCUUGUGAGAGGAAGAAAUGAAUCGAAUCCAUAAGCUUUUGUAGUACAACACCGAAACACUCAACAAGAAUCCAACUCUAAAAGCAAAAAUAUGUUUGAUUUUCAACUUUACUAAUUUGGAUUGUGGGAGAGUACCAUGUUUUUUCACCCAAAGUGAAAAAACUUUCAUCGCAGACAUUUUUCACAAUUCAAAUGCUUCAGACAAUUUUUUUUUCCUCUUUUCAAGAGGCAGCAUGAGACUGAAACAUGCAGAUACCUUUUUUCAAAACUUGGUGGCAGAGUCAUUAUCUUUUGCUUUUAUGAUAUAAUUGUUUUUUAAAAAGUUCAGUAUUAAUCAUGUGAGUUGAAUUAGGAGUCUGUUUUUAAGACGUUUCAAAGAAACUUUAGCUCUUAUUUUAACAAAGCGUUGAGAUUCUGAUGCGUAUAGUCUGAAAUUAUCAACUCCUUAAAUGUAUGUUUGAGCCAGUUUGCAGAAACUCACAUUAACAAGUGCAGAAGUUUCUGAAAAGGAAGAACGUACAUACAGAGGAGGUAUUUUGUCUAACUAUCAAAAUGUUUGAGACUAUUUUUUUAGACACAUUUCUGAGUCUGAAGUAAAUACAGACAUAUUUUCUCCCUCUCACUCCCCCACCUGCCCUAGUGAUAAUGAUAUUACUCAUAGAGGAAAUAAUCAAUUAAAAUUUUAGUCAGAGGAGCAAGAAUUAUUUUUAAAUUGUUGGUUCAGGAAACUUCCUGAAGUUUGGAGAUCAGACUAACCAUUUAUUGGAGGUUUUCCCUGAUUUUUCACAAUUGGGUGCUGUUUUAUGAGCUUGCCUACUAAAGGACUACGAUGAUUCUGGCUCUUCUGGGAUUUAAAGUAAGUAAACUUAACAAAAUAUUAGAAGAAUGACUCAGCCCUUCCGGUCACUAGACACUCAGUUCACUUGCUUUCCUACCUGCAGGAUGUUCUCAUCUCCUCCCCAAGGAAGGUAACCUAGAAGUGACAUCUAGUCAAUGUGUGCUUCUUAGAUUUACUAUAUUUCUUUGCUUUCUUGUUCACAUGCCUCUCUGAACUUGGUUUUCUGAGUAACUUGGGCUUUCAGGCUUUGUGGGAGACCCAUACCUUAGUCUCUUUUUCCUUGAGCCAUUUUUUCCAAUUUAAGGGAUUAACCAGUGUUAACACUGUUAGUUGAACUUUUAGUUUGAGGCCCAUUAAACUGGUCUAAAGGUUUUAACGGUAGGUGCGAUGGUCAUCCAGUGAUUUGAUCCUUGCUGCAAAAGUAGGUUUUAAUCAACCUUUGGAGUAAAGGAUUUCCCUUUUCUCUCUGAAAUAGCCUCUUCCUACCUAAGCAUUUGAGUUUGUGAACUCUCUUUAUUCUCUUGCAUUUCUGCUUGCAAACUGAUGAGUUCUUUUCUGAGUUCAUCUCUUUCCUGUGUAUCUUGUCAAAUGCAAUCAUAAAUAUUUUGUUUUCUUGUCUUUUUUUUCCUUAGUAAAGGAUAGAUUCUUUGUCCUUCAGAUGCUCUCAAAGGACAGUUUCACCACUCCAUAAUAUGCAUUCCCCCAGCAUAAGUUAUCUCUUUCAUCCUCCAAUAUCAAUUUUCUGAAGGCCUGCCAACUAAGCCAAUGUUCAAUAUGCUAGGUUUUUUUGAAAACAGCCAAUUCUUGUAUCAGAAUGGGCUAGGUUGCCAUGUGGUAACACCACAAAAUCUCAGUAUUUCAUGCAGCUUUUCUCUCAUAGCUUGGCUAGGGGCUUUGUUCUAAGUCAGGUUGAUGAACUAUGGCCUGUGGGCAAAAAUCUGUCCUGCUACCUGUUUCUGUAAAUAAAGUUUUAGUGGAAGACAGCCUUGCCCAUUUGUUUAUGUAUUGUGUAUGGCUGCUUUUGCUCUACAGUGGCAGCUGAGUACAAAAGUGUGUGGCCCACAAUUUCUAAAAUAUUUACCAUGUGACCCUUUACAGAAAAUAUUCAUUGAUCCCGCUCUAAGUGGUCCUCAUUCUGGGACUCAGGCUGACCAAGCAGAUAUCUAGGGUGUAGUUGCUCAUUUUGGGAAAUGAAAAAAGUAUGACACAUCAUUUACAGGCCCUUAAGGCACUCUCAUUGACCAAAGCAAAUCCCACAGCCACAGCAAAGUUCAAGGAAGAGUGUAUUCCUUCCUCGAGCCUUGGAAGAGAACCAGAAUUAUUUGGAAGACAAUACUACCAAUUAACACAUAGUUAUAUCUUCCUACUUAUAAAAUUUCUUUUAUAACUAUUUUAAAAUAUACUUCCUUUUUAAUUGAGGUGACAUUUACAGUCAGUAAAAUGCAAGUAUUUAGUGUACACCUCAGUAGAAUUUUAUAUACACCCAUGAACCCAUUACCCAGAUCAAGAUACUGGACAUUACUAGUACCCCUGUCAGUGCCCUAUGGCCCCCCCCCCGACACACACACAUAGAGAUAACUGCUAUUCUGACCUUUAUCACCAUGGGUUAUUUUUGUCCGUUUUAAAGCUUCAUGUAAAUGUAUAAUUACAUGUACUCUUUUCUUCAGUAUUGUGUCUGUGAGUUAGCCAUGUUAUUGUGUGUAGCAGUGGUUUGUUUUUUAUGUAUGACUUUACCACAAUUUAUGAAUCCAUUCUACUGUUGAUGGAAAUUUUGGUUGUUUCUAGUUUGUGGUUAUUAUGAAUAAAGUUGCUAUGAACAUU